CUAGUUAAAAAAAAAAAUAGUGCUGAGGUGCAGUCUUUCAUGUUUUCGCGAUAAUUUAUUUUGAAUCUUUUGUGUUCGGGUUGUAAUAAUUAACAAACAAAUGACUGCUGCUACAGCAUCAGCUGCAACCGUAACCGUUGACGAGGACCUAGAAGAAUGUGGACCCCAGUUAAUUACAAAAUUAGAAGGAAAUGGAAUCACAUCUGGAGAUAUUAAAAAGUUGGAAGAAGCGGGAUACCAUACGGUUGAGUCUGUGGCAUACGCACCUAUGAAAUGGUUGAUCACAAUAAAAGGCAUAUCAGAGGCGAAGGCUACCAAACUAUUAACAGAAGCAUCCAAGUUAGUGCCUAUGGGAUUUACUACAGCCACAGAGUUUCAUCAAAAAAGAGCAGAAAUAAUCCAACUGACAACAGGCUCCAAGGAAUUAGACAGGCUACUGGGUGGUGGCAUUGAGACAGGUUCAAUCACCGAGAUAUUUGGAGAGUUUAGGACUGGAAAAACACAACUAUGCCACACACUCGCUGUUACGUGUCAGCUUCCAAUAGAACAGUCUGGUGGCGAAGGCAAGUGUAUGUACAUAGAUACGGAGGGCACGUUCCGUCCGGAGCGCCUGCUGGCGGUGGCGCAGCGGUACGGCAUGGAGGGCGCCGCUGUGCUGGACAACGUGGCGUACGCCAGGGCUUACAACACGGACCACCAGUCGCAGCUGCUGGUCCAAGCCUGUGCUAUGAUGACGGAGUCUAGGUAUUCCUUAAUAAUAGUGGACAGUGCGACUGCGCUGUACAGGACGGACUACUCGGGGCGCGGCGAGCUCAACGCGAGACAACUGCACCUCGGCAGGUUCAUGAGGAUGCUGCUGAGGUUAGCUGAUGAGUUCGGAGUGGCAGUGGUAAUCACUAACCAGGUGGUGGCGCAAGUGGACGCGGUGGGCGUGUUCAACGCGGACACCAAGAAGCCCAUCGGUGGGCACAUCAUUGCCCACGCCUCCACUACGCGGCUCUACCUGCGCAAGGGGAGAGGAGACAAUCGCGUGUGCAAGAUCUACGAUAGUCCGUGCUUGCCGGAGACUGAGGCGAUGUUCGCCAUUAGCACAGAGGGGAUCACUGACGCCAAGGAGUGAUACUAGCUUUAAUUUAAUGACUCAUCAGCCUGUGAUAGCCAGACCUUCGUUAUUUAAAAGGUCAAAGUUGUUGUCAAAAAGUAUGCGUCGGCUCCGAAAAUGGAUACUCUUUCAGAUCGACUGUCUAAAUAGGUAUAUGUUGCCUAGCAGCAUACGCUAUGUACGUCAAUACCUGAAAAGUUAAAGGUGCGCAAUCGAGAAGCAGCAGACUGCGUUCAAAAAACGUAACGCUGUCAUUCGUUCAUCGAAUUUUAAUGCCCAUAUUUUUUUCAUACCGCGGGCUAUAUUCAUAUAUAGGGUGCUCGGGAGUAUUUCCCAUAACUUCAAGGUAUUAAAGAGACCAUUUAUAGGAAUCGAACUGCAUAACUAAUAUUUUAUUAACUACAAAAAGAAAAAGAAAAACAUGUUUUCAUACUAAGUAAUUCAUCUUACACACGCCUCGUAUCACUUUGUUACCUAUAUAACAAAGUGACAACGUUGCAUUUUGAAAUAUAAAUACGUCAUUAUUAUACAUCUAAAUGAAAUUGAUUUUAGUAAGGAUGCGUAUAAGGGACACAUUUUAAGAUCUAAUUAUAAAAGAAAUAUUCGUCGUCAUCAACCCAUAUUCGGCUCAUUGCUGAGCUCGAGUCUCCUCUCAGAAUGAGAGGGGUUAGGCCAAUAGUCCACCACGCUGGACUAAUGCGGAUUGGCAGACUUCACACACGCAGAGAAUUAAGAUAAUUCUCUGGUAUGCAGGUUUCCUCACGAUGUUUUCCUUCACCGAUUGAGACACGUGAGAUUUAAUUUCUUAAAAUGCACACAACUGAAAAGAAAUAUUAUUUACUCCGAAAAUAUUCAUUUUAGAACAUAUGUUCCUUGAACAUUAUUAAUUAAUUAUUAUUUAAGAAUAUAACCGUAGAGUUAUGGGAAAUACUCCCGAGCAUCCUGUAUAUAUUCUUAAGGAGUAAGCUCCAAACUCACAAAGGUCCGGCCGACACAGGCUGUCAUGUAAUGUGCCUUUGCGAUUGUUACUAAAUUGGCAGUUUAUAAAAUGCUCCUAUCCUUUUCAUAAUCAUUAUAACCAUUACAUUAUCGUCAUCCAUCAUCAUCAUUGUCGUUGUAGUCGUCAUCCAUCAUCAUAUCGGGAAUUUUAAUAAUUUAUAAUAAAACCGUCUUCUGUCACCGUCUGAAGGAAAUCUAUGGAGAAGGGUAGCGUUAUUUUUCGUAACUGUCAAUUAAGUAAAGUGAUUUAUGUUCCUUUUACCGAACAUAAUACGAAUGUAAUUUAAAAGUUUUUUGUAAAAUGAUAUUAAAAUAUGUAAAUUACAACGUUGUUUUAUUGGCUAGUUUUACUAACUAGAAAAUACUCUCAUUGGAUUCGGCCGGGGCUAGUAACCACCCUACCGGCAAAGACGUAUCGCCAAGCAAUUUAGCGCACCGGUACGAUGCCGUGUAGAAACCGAAAGGAGUGUGGAUUUUCAUCCUCCAAACAAAUUAGCCCGCUUCCAUCUUAGAUUGCAUCAUCACUUUCCAUCAGAUGAGAUUGUAGUCAAGAGUUAUCUUGUAAAGAAUAAAAAAAGGCGUAUAGGCUAACCAGGCAGUUAGAGGUUGUGUUGGUACUGGGACAUUUGUGAUAAUAAAAUGAUUAGACUGUAUAGAAAGGAAUAUACGUAUAAUUUUAAACUCAGUACAUAGGUGCAUCAGUAAGUGGAAUCCGAAUUCAGAGUGAUCGCGCGUCUCCUCCCGUGCGUACGAGUAUAUUGUAUAGAAUGGACGAUGAUCAGGUAUUCCAUUAGUGAAAUCAAUACAUAGAAAUAAAAUUGAAGUGUAUGUCUGUGAUUUCAAGAGCCGCCUCCAUCCUGCGACUCGCUUGAUGUCGUCAGUCCACCUGGUGGGGGGGUCGAACAACACUGCGCUUUCUAGUGCGGGGUCGCAUUUCAGCACACACACAUUCCAGCAUUUUAGGACCCCAACGUCCAUCUAAGAACUGCCCCACCGUGAGAAGUUGCAAUGUUUUUUUUUUAUUAUUAUUAUUUACAAGUUAGCCCUUGACUACAAUCUCACCUGAUGGUAAAUGAUGAUGCAGUCUAAGAUUGAAGCGGGCUAACUUGGUAGGAGGAGGAUGAACGCUAAAUCGCUUGGCGGUACGUCUUUGCCGGUAGGGUGGUAACUAGCCACGGCCGAAGCCUCCCACCAGCCAGACCUGGACCAAUUAAGAAAAUCGAAGUCGAAAUGUGAAGGGGCACAUAGUUCAAUUUAGACACAUAUACAAGCCUUUUUUUAAAUUUUCGUUUGUUUGUGUUUGUCCAGGCUUCUUGGAACAGCUAAACCGAUUUUAAUGGGACUAUCACCGGAAAAUAGAGGUUAUAACUUUUUAUUCCAAAAAAUGUGUGUGAAAAUAAAAAACCUUGAAUGGAGGCCAAAAAAUUUAUUCAAACUCCAAUAACCAAGUAAGCACAUUUAACACUAAAAUAUAAACCUCAAAGCGCUACACAUCAAAUGCGACUUGUAGUUAAAAUCAGUGACAAAAAAUGUCUACUAUCACAUAAUCGGGUUUGGUGUAUAGCGAGCUUGGUUUGUAAUAAAUAUACCUCACAAAUAUCACCGAUUAAGUUUAUUAUUUAAUUUAUUUUAUUCUGCUACAACUAAAAUUCAUGACGUCACUUAAAUAGGAAUAUAAAAUAAUUAUUUUGUAAACAGGCUAAAUUUUUCAAGUGGG